AUGUCAGUGCUGAAGGGUUGUAAUGAGUCCUUUACUGCAGCUGAUGAGAGGCACCAGAAAGCAAGUACCCAGUUCUUUUCAGAUACUGGUGUCAUGGCCCUACUCUGUCAUCAUGAUCAUGUCAUUUACUUUGCAAAUAUGACUUCAGCUGGGGAGAGGCAACAUUAUGCACUUUCCCUCAUCAAAUCUCUUUUUGGCCAUCUCCCAGAUAAUUUUCAUAUUGGGCUGUUAUAUGACAUAGGUUGUCAACUGGAACAGAGCUGCAGGAAGUGGGGUUUUCUCAAGUCAUUUCUGCCAUGUACUUCUUUUGCCAUCUCAGUAUUUCAUGCCUUUGGAUUUGGGCUAUCUGAUGGAGAGGGAUGUGAGCAUUUUUGGAGUUCAAUCAAAGGGCUGAUACCAUCUCUUCAUGUUUCUGGGUAUCAUCAAUGCCUCUUUGUUAUUGACUUCCAGGUGUUCCACCUGGACAUGAAGAGUCUCACUGGUUUGGGCCAGUGGCUUUUGCAUCACUGGAAUCAUUGCCAAGAAAAGAAGGCUGCUGCAAACAGAGGCCUAAGGAGAUGUCACAGCUCUAAAGCUGCUGAGAAUAUGAUAUUGCAAAUCAUGGCAACUCAGAAAUCAUUGGCAAAUUAUGAGGCCAAGCUAGAAGUGCUGGAGAAAGAUCCUCUCCAUGGGGUUGCUGACAUGACAAGCUUGAAUAUCCAAAUUGCAGAGUGUCAUCAAAAGGUUAAGUAUUUUAAAGAAGCUUUGCAGAACCAGAGGGAAACCCUAGGCAUAAAUGGGCAUUCAAAUCUGGCUAGUAUCCAAAAGAGUGCUUAUCUUCAACUUUGCAUGCAUGCAUUAGCAAUCAAGAAACAUAUCAGAGAUCAUCUGCACCAACAAAAGUUUGAGCUGGAAAGACUGGAACACUCAUAUCAGCAGACUCUCAGUGAACAAAGACUUCAAAACCACACAGAACCAUCUCUUGCCAGUAGCUACAAUAAUCUGUGUCUGCAAAUUGUAGGCCUCAUACACAAGGGAAAAGCUCCUCAGGAGUCAAUAGCCCCACUCCUGAUCCCAAGGGACUCUUUGUUCAAACUGGAUGAUAUUGGCCUUGGGGAUGAUUCAGAUGGGUUACUACCCCCAUGGUUAGCUGAUGAAAAAGUGCACUCAGGGAUCAGAUCACUCCUUGAGCUGAGGCAUUGUGAAGAAGAGGAAAGGCACCUGUUGCAGGAAAGAAGAGCUUUGACAGAGUGGUUUUCUGAAGAGUGGGGUCAUGUGCAGAAAACCAGACAGAGUGCUGAUGUUGAUCUUACAUAUGAACUUGACUGCAGAGCAUUGAGACUAGCAGGUCUGUGCAUCUUGUGGAAGAAGCAACUUAGAGGCUAUCCUGAAACACCUAAUGAGAACUGGGGUGCAAGAUAUAUGUUGAUGGUGAUAAUGAGGAGAGGUUUGAUGGAUUGGAGUCAGGGGGUGAAGAGGAUGAGGAUGAAGUGA